AUGCAGCGCAAGGUGGAGAUUUGCAGACUCUGGCAGCGUGUUCCAAUGAGCCAGAGGGAGCUUUAUGAGCAGCAGGCUGUGGAGCUGCAGAAACAGCUCAAGACCCUGUCUCCUGAAGAGUAUGCUGCCUUUAGAGAGAGAAGUGCUGGGAAGCAUAAGAUAAACAUGCGUGGAGGCCCAGACCCCAAGAUCAUCAAGACAGAAGUGCAGUCUCCAUCAGCAAGGACUCUGCAAGAAGGGCUUGCACAGAACCAGGGGCCGGAUCCCAGGAUGGGAUCUUCAGAGACAAAUGGGGACAUUUCUCAUGCCUCACGGGGUUCUGAAGGAAAGAAGGAGCAUGAGGAAAAGGCAGAAAGCAGCAGCUCCUCAGACUCCAGCAGCAGCUCCCCAGACUCCAGCAGUAGCGAUGAAGAUGACAGCAGCAGCGAUGAAGAUGACAGCAGCAGCAGCAGCUCAUCUUCCUCAGGGGACACCUCUGACUCAGACUCCAACUGA